AUUUUACUACAAUUGCUCGCUUCAGGAAUUACUUGUGAAGAAGAAGGCGAAAACAAGCACAAAGAACUGCGUAAUUGAAUGAACCGCCUGUCACAAUAGAAAUGGAAACAAUAUGUUGCCACGAAGAUCGUAGGCAUGACUUGUUUGUUUGCCGCGGUGGGAGUCCGCGCCAAUUCUGUCAGGAGCGCCAGCCUCUUACUCAAUAACGGAUGCCACAUACGUGUUGGAGGCAUCUGCUCGCUUAUGUACUGUUAGCUCUCGGCUCAUCGCUUGCUUGGGUGCUUCCCGAGCAGGAAGAUGUUCUGACGGAUGCUGACCAUGCGGCUCUCCUGUCGCUAGGAGAACAUCAGCUGCAUAGCGGGCGGCAGCAGCGCGCGGCUGCUCUGGUGGCAGCGUGGCGGCGUGUGCAGCAGGAGGAGGGGGAAGAGGGGACGGGUGAUGCGGACACGACUACCACGGGCGGGCGCAAGGUGUGCAGCGCUGACUGCUACAAGUGGGCAACGUGCAAUGAGGAGCUCGGCAGGUGUGACUGCCCCAAGCACCGCGCCGGCGAGAGCUGCGAGCGCAACGCCUCCGCCGCCGCCAUGCGCUACUUCGUGCAGUCGGCGGCGCGGGAGGCGGAGCAGCCGCUGACCUGCCUCAGCGGCUGCAGCGGACGAGGGGCGUGCGUGCUGGGAGGCUGCGUGUGCGAGCGCGGCUUCUGGGGUUCGGACUGCUCGCUGAGCUGGGCCGCCGACGGCCGCGGCCUCGUGCUGCUGGCAGCCGGCGGCCCCCGUCCCGCGCCGCCGCCCCGGGCCGCGCCACCGCGUGUGUACGUGUACGACCUGCCGCACAAGUGGACGUCCUGGUUCCACCCCAAGAAGUUGGACCGGGCCACGCACUGGGCGCUGUGGGAGCGGCUGCUGAGCAGCGGGGUGAUGACGGCGGACGGCGAGCAGGCGGACUGGUACUUCCUGCCGCUCAAGCUGCGCUCCACCGGCGACGGCCCCAAGCUGCUGCAGGCCCUGGCCUACGUGCGCAAACACUGGCCCUGGUUCGACAGGCUGCAGGGCCACCGCCACUUCGUGCUGCACACGGGCGACAGCGGCCGAGGCGAGGUGCAGGCGGCGGUGCGCGCAGCAACCGCCAACAUGACGUGGCUGCACCACUUCGGCCUCAUCCGCGACUUCCCCUACAGCGGCUGGAAGGCGGGGCACAGGCCGGGCAAGGACGUGGUGGUGCCCAUCCUGUUCGGUGAGCGCCAGGGCGCCGCCUUCCUGCCCCUGUCACCCCUGCACCCGCGCUCGCCGCCCGGACAGCUGCUGCGCCGCGGGCUGGCAGGAGACGGCAGCAGCAGCGGCACCGGAGGAAGCAGCAGCAGCAGCGGUGGCAGUAGCAACAUCGGUGGCAGUAGCGGCAGCGGCGGCAGUAGCAGCAGCGGCGGCAGUAGCAGCGGGGCGCAUGGCGGCGAGCUUUUGUUUGUGGGGCGCAUCUGUGGCGACGGCUCGGCGCCUGUGCCGGGCAAGGCCUGGCCCCACUGCGCCACACAGCGCAGCAAGGGCUACUCGCAGGGCGCACGGCAGUGGGUCCACUACCACCACCACAACCGCACUGGGUACAAGGUGACCACCAGCAGCAAGACCUACCCGCUAGACUUUAUGAGCUACAGGUGGUGCUUGGCGCCGUCGGGAGGGGGACACGGCCACCGGCAGACGCUGGCCGCCGCCAUGGGCUGCCUGCCUGUGGUGGUGAGCGACGGCGUGCUGCAGCCCUUUGAGCCGGAGAUGGACUGGGCGGCCUUCGCGCUGCGGGUGGCGCACCCGGACGUGCCGGGCAUGCACCAGGUGCUGGGUGCGGUGGACGCGGCGGCCUAUGCGGGGCUGCAGGCGGCGGUGCGGUGCGCGGCGGAGCACCUGCUCUACAGCAGCAUCAGCGGGGCGGUGGCGGGGGAGAGCGGCAGGUGGGACGCGUUUGAGACGAUCCUGGAGGUCCUGCGCAUGCAGCAGACCUACCCCGGCCUGGACCCAGCCCGGUACGCCGACACAGACGAGCGCUUUCGCACCUUCAUAAACUGCGGCGCGCGCAGCAUGCGCGAGUACGGCGAGGCGGUACGACAGGCGGCAGCCGUUGAGUACGGCGGCGCGGCGGCGCUGGUCGAAAAGGUGUACGGCAAGGAGGGGCUGGCGGGGUUUUCGUGGGACACGGUGUACGACAAGGGCCUGGACUUGCUGCUGCGGGCGGCGGAGGCGGAGGUUCAAGGCCAGGAGGAGGGGGAGGCGGAGGAGGCGGAGGAGCAGUGGCGGCGGCUGCGUGUUGGCGGGGGCCAGGGCGAUGAGGGGGUCGGGGUCGGGGUCGGGGGGCAGCGGCUGUGCAGCGCGAGCAGGUGGGACCCAGCGUCCCGUCGGUGCGGCUCCAGGAGGGAUGCGGCGCCGCAGGGGGGCGGAGCGGGUGAGGGCGGGUGGGAUGCGGUGGACAAGGCGCUUGAUGAGGCGUGAGGCCGACACAUGACGCCAUGCACCUCACGGCGUGAUGUCGCCCAUCCCAUUUCACUGUAUGUCCGAGGCUGUGGACAUUCCACUUGCUUAAACUGCUGUUGGAACGGGACAGCUUGUAUACAUGUCCUCACUCCUCUUCAAAAUCUGAG